CCUUGAGCGCACCAGCGUGCUCUGAUCCAUAGGUGGAAAGCAGAGACAGAUCUUCACAGACAAGAUCACAGAAAUGUCACAAUUACGAGUGGAGAGGAGAGCUGAAAAGAGAGGAUUUUAAGGAAGGCAUCAAAGUCUACAUUAUUAAGGAGGAUUUGAGGAGUCUGCGUUUAUAAUCCGACAUCAGAGGCGGAAUGUGAAUCCAAAUAACUUAUGUUAAUUAGAGAUUUUAACGAAUAUGAUGCGAUUUGAACGGCUCUGAAGCACCGGGAGAAGAAUUUAAGAUUGGCCACUUGAAUUUAAACAUCUGUGGUUUUUUGGAGACCGCCUGUGCUCUCCGUCGACUUUCCCCCUGAACUGAUUUGCAGCCUCUACGUUCAUUUGCGUCUAAAAAGGAGUUGGCUAUCAAAGGUUGCAUCGGACUACUGCGUGUUUGUGCUCACCACACACUGGAGUUAUCAUUGUUUCGGACAGAGGGGAUGAUUUUAGUGCGUCUGUUUUGCAAUGAUUGCCGCGUAAUUUCCCAGGUCCGACUGAGGUCUGCCAGACUUUGUGGAGAAGGAGAAUAUUGUUUGUUGUCAAUGUUUAUCAAAAUCACGGCAGUCUGCAGCGCAACUCAAUACUGUGGAUCGCAAGAAAAUCCAGAGGAGUGACAACUGACAUUCACACGACGAUCCACGAAAGCUCCGGAUCAACUUCAAAACUAAAGCGCACAAGUUUAAGUCUGGAAUAUAAGAAUAGAUGAUUCUCAGAGGACAGAAGACGAAAUACACCUAGGCCUACAAAAUGUUCAAAAGGGGCUGUGGGCUGGAGUUCCUGCUGAUUCUCUGUGGGCUCGAGCUUUCCUGGUCCUGCCCCCGUCACUGUAUCUGCUACACUGCACCCAGCACCGUCUCCUGCCAAGCCCACAACUUCCUGUCGGUCCCUGAAGGCAUUCCUCCUGACAGUGAGCGCAUCUUCUUACAGAACAAUAAGAUCCACCGCUUACUUCGGGGUCACUUCAGCUCCAACACAGUCACUCUUUGGAUAUACUCCAACAACAUCACAUACAUUGAGCCCUCCACCUUCCACGGCUUCACGCUGCUCGAGGAGCUGGAUCUGGGAGACAACCGCCACCUGCGCGCCUUGGCAGAAGACACCUUUCACGGGCUGAAUCGCCUCAAUGCGCUACACCUGUACCGUUGUGGACUCAGUUCACUUCCUAAUAACAUUUUCCAAGGACUCAGAAACCUGCAGUAUCUCUACUUGCAGGAUAAUCAUCUGAAGUUCCUGCAGGAUGACACCUUUGCAGACCUCCACAACCUGAGCCACCUAUUUCUGCAUGGAAACCGUCUGAAGAGCCUCAACCAGAACACCUUCAGAGGCCUUCGGGCUUUGGACCGUCUGCUUCUGCACCAAAAUCAGAUCGAGUGGGUUGAUCGCCUGGCUUUCCAUGACCUGAAACGUCUCACCACCCUCUACCUGUUCAACAACUCCCUGAUACAGCUGUCCGGGCAGUGUCUGGAAACCCUGCCUGCCCUGGAGUACCUGCGCCUCAACGACAACCCCUGGUCAUGUGACUGCAAGGCCCUGGCGCUAUGGGAAUGGUUGAAGCGUUUCCGAGGUUCAACAUCUUCUGUGGGUUGCCAGGCACCGGCUGAUAUGAUUGGGAGAGACCUCAAGGAGCUUCGCAAGGAGGACUUCCCCAACUGCUCACCAACUGUUCCUAAUUCUGAGUCCAGAGCCCAGACUUACAAUUUAUCUGGCACGGUGAACCCGUCUAUAAAUCGUGGCGUAGCAGUGGGCUCUGGGGGGCAGACCCACAUAGUGCACCCCUCGAGGCCUGGUCGUCCUCGGAACUGCACAAAGCCUCGUAAUAGGGUGAGCAAGGGAAAAGGUGACAAUGAGGUUCACCACUCAAAGGAGGUCAUGGCAGACAAGGAGGAUUCCUCCCCAGAUUUCACAGAUGGGGGGAAACAUGACCAUACUUCCCCGGAUGGCACCGUCACACGGAGGAAGCACAAGUGCAUUCCCCGGACCACUGUUCGUCCCCCUAGUGGGGUUCAGCAAGCCAACAAUAGGGCAACCUUAUCCCAGUCCUUACUACAAGUCUACGCCCUCUUGGUGGCCUUGAUAACGACAAAUAUUGACUUCAUUCUCCGUUGACCUACAGAGGGUUUGGCAAACGCUAAUCACAAAAAACACAGCCCUCAGACCCUCUCUUGCUCCUGCACUACAAGGCCUGUGUGUCUUUUAUGUAUGUGUGUGAGUGUGAUUAUAUGUGUAAAUGUUGUGUAGGGAGCUUUACUGUUCAGACAGAAGAAACAGGCAUCAAAGCAUCAAACAUCUACAGUACAACAGAAAGACUCACGGCACAAAAAUUGGAGGGACUGCAAGUCAAAGAAUGAUAAAAGGUUAAUGCAGACAAAGCUUGCACUGCCACUUAUGCCAGUAUGAUUUCAUCUUCAUAUGUCUUGGUAUCUUCUAUAUAUUUUUAGGUCUGUUUUUUCACUUAACUGGAGCUCAAAUAACCAAAAUUUGGUGAGAAGAGAGCAAAGAAGAAGGGGAGAACAGGGCAGUGAGGUAAAACUCAAGUUUGCUAGUUAGCUCUGAGACGGAUAAACUCAAUCUACAAGUGUUCCAUCCAGCUUUAAUUUUCAUUUCACAGUUUGUAAAUUGUUAUCAAGAAGGCACAAAUGGAAAGUCGAUGAGUGACCCUAUAAACAGUUGUCCGCCUUAUUUUGCUCUCAUCCUUUUUGCCAAAUGUAUUUUUCUGUUGCAUCCUUUGCUAACAACAGGUCCAAAACUGGGUGUAAGUGUUUCUUAUGAUGAGAGAGAUCAGGUGUGAGCAUGGCAAUAAAUUGUCAGUCAGUAUCAGACCUUGGAAUGUGCCAUUCUUUCUACAGAAUGGAAGUCUAUAGCCACAGAUGUUUUAAGGUCAUAAGCAGAGUAACCUGUUAGCUCACACACCGUAACAAAUUGUAACAACUACUACUAACUAAAUAAUGCUGUCUUUUUCAGGUACUGUACCAACCUUCUGCCUAUUUAACAGUAUUUCACACUGGUAUUAUUUUUUACAAACAUUACUCUUCUUCCAUCUUCAUUUACACCAUUUAUCUCCUUCUGUGCAACCGAAUAUUAAGCUGCUAAUUGUUUGGAGAUGACAAGGACUGCCAUUUGCUAAUUUCAUUUGCUUGGAAAACAAUGUGUGUCUCUGGGAGAUCAAGCUGUGAAUAUUGAAGAGUCUGUCUAUAUCUUGUGUCAGAUGUUGUUCAUUUGAUUUUUCUAAGACACAAAAUGGACCUACUGAUGGAUCCCUGCUGCAGGGCCAACAGGAGCCUUAGAGGUCGAGGGUCAAACGGGGCUUUCUCAGUUUCCCAGUGAGGUUGUGCUGAACUGAUCCCUCGUCAAUGAGGGCAUCCCUCCCUCACUGAGAAUAUGAGGAACACAUUUUUUUUCUUAAUCACUUAACUUCAAAGGAAUACAAGAACAAGACUCAAGAAAAAAAAUGUGUGUGCAUACCUUAAAUGGCUCAUGUGAUCAAUAAAAGAUAAAAAAAAAAAAAACAUUUUCAAUGGAGCAUGGCAAAACAGGGAUCAUGCAGAGAGCAUUAUGCCUCUUUAUUAACUGAUUGUGAUUGUUCAUGGAUGUGGGGAUCCAAGACCGAGACAAUCGCUUCUGAAGUAACAAAGGGAUGCAGUACAAUACAGAUUGACCGAUGGACAAUUACAGGACAUCUUGCUGUACUUCUGGAGCUUUUGUGACUCCCUAUCUACUGAUAAGAUGGUGUUUGUAUCAAUGAUGUGAACUGUAACAAUGGAGACGAGAGGACUUCUUGCAGUGCUGAUAUUAAUCAUUUACUGUAUUACUAUGAGAAAAACAAUAUCAGUGACAUCAAUGAUGAUAACAGGGUUUUUCACUUCUCCUGUCAGGAGGAGGCUUUCAUUUUUGUUUUCUUUUUUUAAUUUUCUGGUGAUUUGUUUAUUUACAUAUUUUUCAUGUUAUAUUUUUAGAACCUUUAUUUCUUAAUGCACAAUUUGUCACCUCCCUCUCUCUUGUUCUACUGUAUACCUAUUCAUCUUCUUUCUUUGCCAUAAUUCAAUUGUUCAGUAAGUUAUCAUCAAAGAACA